AUGAGCAAUAACCGUGGCUCCAGCCUGAGACCCAUUGAGCGGAUCAUCACCCAUCUGGCUUUGGCCAACACCUUGGUCCUUCUUAGCAAGGGUAUCCCAGAGGCCAUGGAAGCUUGGAGAAUAAAAAACUUCCUGGACGCCGCCAUCACCAUCAGUCCCGGCACCUCCUUCUGGGCCACACUCAAAGCCAAGGCCCCGAUGUGUAUCACACCCUCUUGUCUCCUCUUCUGGAUCCUCAAUCUGAGCCUGGAUGUCCCUUCCCUGCUGUACAUAACCGGUCCCAAGAACAAGACCAAUACCCGAAAUAUGUUCAAUUUAAUAUACUGUUCCUCAGUCAGUCUCCCCUCAGGAGUCACCCAUGGACUUUCAACUGUUUUCAUUCUCUGGGACCUGAUCUUUGUGGAGCUCAUGAGUGCAGCCAGUGGCUAUAUGGUAUGUGUCCUGCGCAGACACCACCGACUGGUCCACCAUCUUCAUGGAUCCAGCCACUCUCCCAGAGUGAUGCCCGAGGUGAGCGCAGCUAAGAGAGUCAUUGCCCUGGUGACUCUAUAUGUCCUCCUUUAUGGAAACAACACAAUCACAUUGAAUGCUUUACUGAACAACAAGAUAGAUUCUCCCCUCUUGUUGAAUAUCCACAUGACUCUGUCACUCUUUUUCCCCACUGCUGUGGCCGAGCCCUAUGCAGCCGAGAGAGACGUUGUACUGGCUCUGAUGAGAGGAGCCUACUGGGACAGACUCCUCCUCAUAGGAGCUUGGUCUUUGCUGUUUCUGGCAGAACAGUGCCAGGUCUGA